AUGGGCAUCUUGGACCUACCUGCGGAACUGCUUGGUCGAAUCAUCGACUUUUCGGUGCCCGAUGAUUUCGAGAACCUCUUGCUGACUUGCCAUGCCCUGUUCGCUUGCGGAUCAUCAAGCAUACCAACGCAUAAUGCGCGGAGGAAGCACUUUAGGCAUAUCUCGUUCAACAGCUAUCACGAUGAGGAUUCAAGAUUGUCGUUCCUACGAAAUAUCGCCGCUGAGCCGGUGGCCGCUCACUACGUGCAGUCUGCUGACUUGCGCGGCCGAAUCAUGGUCACGCCAUCACUACACGAGGUUCCUCCUGGGUUUCGUCUUCGAAAAGGUACGGAAACUUGGACGUGCCAGGCUGAAGAUGGCUUCUCCGCGUCUACUUUCCUCUUGACACUAUUAACGGACGUCCGCCAACUGACCCUUCCGCGAGGGUGGCCUGAGGUGCCAGACGUAAACACUCAACCUUGGCAGCUCCUGGAUGCUAUGAUGAGGCAAAGCCACGAGCGGCGUAUGACUUCUCCUUUGUGCCAAUUGAGAUCACUUCGAGCUUUAGCCCCGGUACACUACGACUCGAGAGUUGGCUUAUCCUCAUUAUCAGCAUUUCUUGCCAUGCAUGACCUCGAGGAACUCUAUGCUACGAGUUGUGUGGCCAUAGAUGAUUAUACUGGAAUUCCGUUCACGUGGAUAUAUCCAGACUUGAAGUCUCCUCUACGCAAAAUCGAAUUUGUAAGCUGCUGCAUGGACAGUAGCCAGCUUUCCAACCUGUUGGCCAACACACCCAAUCUGCAAUCAUUUCGGUAUAGUCAUCAGGAAAAAUGGCACACUUGUGGGCAUGAUUGGAACGCCGGUGCUUUCGCAGCUGCAAUUGGGAGGUAUUGUGGCCAUCAGCUUACGGACCUAGCCUUAACAGUGGACGGUUUAUCUGGGGAGAUUGUCACGGGUAUUGUAUCUCUUCAAGAGUUUACUUGCCUAGAACGCGCAGAGCUUGAUGUUGCAUUGUUCGCCGGUCCGUCCCCUGAAUCUGGUGAAAUGGCCGGCUUGGAGGCGUGCGGCCCGUCCAAAGGCUUUCAGAAAUGGUCCCCGGCAAUGGUUCCUAAGCUAACGGAGAUUCUCCCGUCGUCUACUAAGAAUUUCCAACUGUUCGACAGCUCUCUCAACGACUACAGUGAAGUGGCUUGCUCGCUACUCAAGGACUUUUCUGCGGGACGCGAUUGGCUCCUGUCUGAUCUCGAAGAAGUAGUGCUCCGUAAGCGCAUAUUAGAUAACCCAGAAAAUCCCACAGGUGCGAAGAUCCGGGCGAGAGUCAUGGAUCAAGCGAGAAAGGUUGGUGUUGAAUAUCGUUCAGGACUUGCUUUGCAGCCAAUCUGGAGGAGGGCAUUUGGUGAAAAGUGCGGAGUGGUGCUUGAUUUGAAUUAG